AUUGAAAUAUUACACAGUGUCUUAACACAGGAUUGAUGAAAUUUCUACUUUCUCACAUUCAAUGACCCACUAAACUGUUACAAAAAACUUUUUAUAUAAUAUAUAAUUUUGAUGUUAAUGUUUUUAUAAGGACUGAGCUAAAUUAAUUAUAUCCAGCUGCAUCCCACUGCAAGUUUUAGAUUUCACACACGCAUAUUCCUAUACUAUAUGUGUUGCAUUUCAGCUAAAUGUAACCCUUUUCAAUAGGGCAGGGAAAAUAUACAAUUAUUUUCUUUCAGGUAUUAUCAUGUUUGUUUUAUCUAGACAUUUUAAGACAUAUACAUUGUAAUCUAAAGCAAACUAGUGCUCAUACUUUGUUUACCAAUAUCAACACGUUAAAAAUGCAAAAAGGGAAUACUACACCAAAUAGUAGUGUAAAUACAAUGUUGAUGCCUACAGCAAAGAUUAUUUAACUUGAUCAGCUUUAAUAGGAUUCAUAAAAGUUCUCUGCAUUUUGUGUAUUUUCACAUUGUGAGCGUGUGUUUCCUCUGAUGUAAGGUUAGGCAUUCUGUUUUACCAGGAAGGAUACACUCUAACUCUAGGUACAGUUCACUCAAUAAAUAUCACUGCCAGGGCAAUUAUCUCAAGUCUCACAUUCUUGAUAAUAUAGACAAUAUUUUUUGACAUCUGGAUCAUGAGGAAUACUCACAUUUACUUGUCCUGUAGGCACGUGACAUUUGAACUUACAGAGCCCCUUUGUUUCAACAGCAUAGCUCAGUUCUUCCAAAGAGUAUAGAACCCAAGAGGCGAAACUCUGAUGCUUUUUUGGGUAACAGCCACUAGGUGGCGCUUCGGUAGCGCGGCCGCCAUUUUGGGGUGAAAAUGCCAACUGGACAAUAGAAUCCAUCACAUCUUACGCACCCAAAAUCGGCGAAUCUCACAGCCAAAUCAGAAACGCAAUAGAAAAUUUCUCAAAAUCAGUAAAUUUUAUGACACCUACAGUAAAUGUUGUAUUGUCUUAGCCUAUAUAUGUUUUAUGUUAUCAAUUGUGGAAUCCAACCAUUAACGUACACAUCUGAGGUAACAUAGUUAGCCUACUUUAUUGAGUAUUUUCAUUUUAUGCAACUUUACAUAUUUACUAUUAAUAAACAGUAAAUUACUCCACUAGUUCUGAAAUAUAUACGUUUUAAUCCCCUGGAUCACGCUAAACAUAAUGACCGUAUAGAACAUGAUGCAUUGCUGUGUCUGUUAUCCCAUAAUUCCGACUUUUGGACACAGUGGCUGUGUUUUUUUGUUUACAUAGUCAGUCUUGCUUUAACGGACAUUAAUAUAAGACAACAUUGCAAAAACUGUUUACUGUCAAGCUGUUAUAUUCUAUUAUAUAUUUAUUGUCCAACAUUCCCAAUUUUUCUGAUGCAUGUCCUUAAUUUAAUUUAAUAUUUUGGGAUUAAUUCAGUGUUUAUAAUGCUAAUACUUGAACUUAAAAGAAUUUUAACCCAAACUGACUGGGUUUCUAGAGAGCAAAGGUUUUGUGAAAAAAGUGGAAGACUUAAACACAAAGUUCGUAAAAUAGGAUUUGAUGAUCACUAGUGAUAGUAUUUUAUUCUGUGUUGUCAUCAUUCAGGUUGGAUUUUAGCUUUAAUGUACGUUUUUUUUUUAACAAAGUAGCUGAUAUUGCCAUAGAAACUAGUGGACUGCCGAGUCGCUUUCACCCCAAAAUGGCGGAAGCGUAGGGCUGCUGCUGGUCGCUGGUGUUGUUCCUUCUUGUCAGUGUAAGUUCUUUGGUUCCUCUUUGGAAGAGUAGCAUUGCUUUAGAAGCUGUUCAUCGACUGUUGUUGUUCACGCUGACCGCUAGGUGACAGAAUUGCUACUUGAAUAUGAACAGAACAACGAGAGUGUAAAUUUGCCUCUGCUUCUUUGAUAAAAAGCUACUAAACUCGUUAAAAAUGUGCCAGCCUUACGUCUUAUUAGAGCUGUUCUUGUCGAAAUAAAUAUUGAAUGAUUGCCAAGGUGUUUUGCUCCGCUGGAAUGUUUCAGAGGAAACGCCUGAAAACACAAGCACGAGCUCCCACAGCUUGUCCGUUUCUAUAGCAACGACUAACACUACCGCGAGCAAGUCAUGGUCCGCAUCAGUGAGGAUCUGAUCCGCCGCAGAGCAGAACACAAUAAUGGUGAGAUCUUCUCCCUGGAGGAGGUUUCCCUCCAUCAGCAGGAUAUCGAGAGGAUCGAGCACAUCCACAAAUGGUGCAGAGACCUCAAAAUUCUCUACUUACAAAACAACCUCAUCCCUAAGAUAGAAAAUGUAGGCAGACUAAAGAAGCUGGAAUAUUUAAAUCUGGCACUGAACAACAUCGAAGUCAUUGAGAAUUUAGAAGGCUGCGAAAGCUUACAGAAACUAGACCUGACUGUGAAUUUUGUGGGUAAGCUGAGCAGUGUGGAGUCUCUGAAGCAGAACCUUCAUCUCAGAGAGCUAUACCUGGUGGGAAACCCCUGUGCUGAUUUUCAUGGAUACAGACAGUAUGUGGUGGCAGUUCUACCUCAACUACAGUCGUUGGACGGGAAAGAAAUUGGUCGAGCAGAGCGUAUCCAGGCCUUGCAGGAACUGGAUGCAGUCAGGGGGCGUGUUUUAGAGCAGGAGGCGGAGUAUUUAGAGAAGAGAGAAAAGCAAAAGAGGAGUGGUUUGAAAGAGACAUCAGCCAGUGGAAAGCAGGAGCAUCCUCAAAUAAACCAAUCGCUCACUGAGGACAAAAAUGGGACCCAUCAAAAUCCAGAAUCAAGCUCCAAGACUCACACAGACACAGAGGAUAUGGAGCGGGAAUUCUGGGAAAAACCGUGUGCUUUCACACCAGAAUCCAGACUAGAGGCCCAUCGCCAUCUGGAGGACAAGAGGAGGGCCAAAGAGAAGGAGAGGGAGAAGCCUAAAAUGAAAACCCCCAGAACUCUGAUCACUGCAGACGGAAGAGUGCUGAACGUCAAUGAGCCCAAGUUGGACUUCAGUCUUACUGAGGAUGAGAACAACUGCCUGCUCCUGGAUUUACAUGUUUACAGGCAUAUGGACACCUCCCUGCUGGAUGUGGAUGUUCAACCAACAUAUGUGAGAGUGACCGUCAAAGGAAAGGUGUUCCAGCUGGUUCUGCCUGCAGAAGUGAAACCUGACAACAGUACAGCACAGAGAUCCCAAACCACCGGCCACCUGCUCCUCAUCCUGCCUCUGGCACAUGGAGAGAUAAAACCAAAGAAACCCACUGUAAGGCCGACUAGUGUUACCAGUAACCAGAAUACCAAGAAAGAGACCAGGGCAGUGCCAGGGCGUGAAUUAUUGGAGGUGGAUCCCGGUCUGGCUGGGAGUCUGGCCAAUAUUAUUCCCAAAGGAAAGGAGUCUUCCCACAAGCCCCUGCAGCUCUCACAGCCUCACCAGCAUUGUGGCGUCGAGGAGAGGCCUGUGUCAAAGGACUUUGUGGAUGAUCCAGAAGUGCCUCCACUUAUGACUCCCCGAAACGACUACUUACCUGUCUCCAGCGUCUCCUGUGAUCCCUUGUGUCUCCACGUCUCCUGUGAGUUCCAGUGUGUUCGUCUGUUCCACGCCACUCGGCAUCCUCACUCCCUAAGAAGACAAAGACAAGUAUCAGAUCCAGUAUCACGUCUCGUCAACAUUAUCAUCUGCUCCAACACACCUGCACUCUGCUUGCACGCUCUGUUGUUCCUCCAAUAAACCUGAUUACACUUACCUGUGUCUCCGUUCCCUUCUGUCCGUAACAAUUGGUCUGUGGUUAGUAAGCAUUAUGAGGUGACACAGAGUUUCAUCACUUCUACUUCUGGGGGUCCUGCACCUGCAGAGCAACUGCUAUUGAGAUCUUUCUCCGAUUAUUACUAAUGUUCAAAAGUUUCGUGAUCAAUAAGAUUUUGUUUAAAGAAAUUACUACCAAAUCAUCAUAUUAGAAUGAUUUCUGAAGGAUCGUGUGACACUGAAGACUGGAGUAAUGAUGCUGAAAAUUCAGCUUUGCCAUCACAGGAAUAAUUUCCAUUUUAAAAUAUAUUAAAAUAGAAAACAUUUAUUUUAAAUUGUAAUAAUAUUUGACAGUAUUACUGUUUUUACUGUAUUUUUUAUCAAAUAAAUGCAGCCUUAAUGAACAUAAGACAUUGAAAAUAUCUGACCGUCCACAAACAUUGAAGUUUAAUAGUCCACAAUUUCUUAUCACAGGCUUCAGAGUCAGAUGUAGGCCUAUUGCUGUGCUGCUUUUCAUUUCCCUGUAUUUCUCUUUUCUUCUUUUUUCUUUUGUGUGUUGGAGGAAUAUGUGGAUAUGUGUUUGAGAUGUGCAUGAACUGUUUUGUGUGCGUGUGUGUUUGUGCGCUGAAGAGGUCAGAUGUGUACAUAACUGCCAACUGAUGAGCUCAUUUCUCUGCAGUAUUUCUAUUUUCAGGAAAGCAAGAAGAUAUACUCGCCCUAUAGUUUACACUUUCUUUACAGCUCACACUCGGGGUCAGCAGGUAUACACCUUUCCUCAAUGCUUAUGUUAUUCUUCAGUAUUGUGUCUGUGUACUUUCCGCUGCCGCUUUAUGUGUGUACAAGUGAAUUAUCGAUAUGUGCAGAUGGUCUGUGCUGGUUUCAUUUCCACCUUUAUUAAAAACUCCUGUCAGCAGAUGAGUAAUUUACCUGGCUGCUGACAUUUAAACACCCCUGCACUGUUCUGGACUAAAUCUUAUAAAAGCCAUUUCAGAGACGCUUCGGAAAAUGGAGUAAACGCAUUACGCUUCAAAGAGCAGUGUUUAGAGAUGAUUUUAAUUAAUUAAUUUCAGGCUAACCAGAUUCUAAAAAAAUACACUGUGGGCCAAAAGUCUUAGCUUAUAUUUUGAUUCGCUAACAACAUUUUCUUUACAAAUUAUAUUAUUGGCAUAAUCAUUUGAGUGAACAGUUUAAUUGAAAAAUUGUCUUAGUAUUUGGUUUGUCCCCCUUUUGCCUUAAAGGUGCAGUAAUUGAUUUCUGAGAAACACUGUUGAUAUUUGAAAUCAGCCUUAACAAACAAACCCCUCCCUUCAUUGCUCCGCCCCCAAAAAAACACGCAAUGCAAGAGUGUAUAUCUCUUUACCAUAGCUUAAAGCAAAGAAAAAUAAUGCUUCGCGAAAAAUAAAGUGAAGAUGAAAAAAUGAACAACAAGAAAGAACAAAAAUUAAACAUAGAGUACACAAGUAUACAAGCAAGAGUUGGUUGUUAGUCGCCAGCAGCGCACCAGCUCCAGACAAACAAUGACACUCAAAACUGUCCAGUUACGAUAGCUAACAUUACAACAACAGCAUAUCUUAGUUCUGUGAAACAGAAAACCAAUAUUACUCACAUAUGGAGCAGAAGCAACACAACCUUGACAUCCGUUUUCAGGCCUUCCAUAGAAACCCGUCCCCUUCAGUCCAUUAUGUCUCUCCAGCGCUGGAAAGCUUUUCUAAUAUUAACGCGGGUCCUAAAGCUCUUCCUUGAUCAUAACCCUUCUUUUUCCAGUGAUAUUCCUCUGACCACAAGUUUAUUUAAAACUGGAUGAUCAUAUUAUCCAGGAUGAUUAACUAAAGAGCAAUGGAAGCAAGAACAUCUGAAUGACUGUCCAGAGAGUUCACACAAUCGGUGUCACAAAUUUGAUAAUUUAGUGACCUUGAAAUAAGUCAUAAAUACACUACUGUCCAAUGUUAUUAAGACUUUUUUCAAACAAAUUCAUCUUUUUAUUUAGCAAGUAUGGAUUAAAUUGAUCAAAAGUGACAUUAAAGACAUUUAUAAUGUUUCCUUAAAAAUACUAAGCAGCGCAACUGUUUUCAACAUCGACAAUAAGAAAUAUUUCUUGAGCACCAAAUCACCAUAUUAGCAUGAUUUCUGAAGGAUCAUGUGACACUGAAGACUGGAAUAAUUAUGCAUCACAGGAAUAGAUUACAUUGUAAGAUAUAUUAAGACAGAAAACAUUUAUUUUCAAUCAUAAUAUAUUUCAUAAUAGCAUUUUCCAGUUUUUACUGUAUUUUGUUUCAGAUAAAUGCAGCUUUGAUGAACCCAAACUUUUGUGUUUCUUAUCCUAAUGUUUCUGUUUUCUUCUCUUUUUUAUAAUUAAUUCAUUUUUUCUUUUCUUUUUUUAGAUUUUUAAUUUUUGUAUAACACUGUAUUUUGCUAAAUAUUGUGUGUCUUCAGUGUUCGUCAGGCAAUUUCUUGACUAACUCUUUUGUAAAAAGCACUAUGAAAACGUUGAAAUGUGUACUGCUGUCACAAGUGAGGCUCCCGCACUUCCUCCCCCGCACCACCGGAGGGAGCCUUCACCGGAAUACUGAGACUAUCAUUCAGACUACAUUUCCCAUAGGCCCUCAUUCCUGGGACUGAUUGCGCACACACCUGCAUCACAUCACACUCACACUAUUUAAGCAGCACACACACACACACACACUGCGAAGUCUUGAUUUGCCCCGGUGAUCAUUUCUAAGCGUUUUCUGUGGAUUGUUUAUACUGUUGCCGAUUGGACUGUUUAUCUCCUGUGAUUCUCUGCUGCCUGCCUUGAUCCUUGCCUGGUUACUGGACUGUGUUUGUUUGCUGCCUGCCCUGAUCUCUGCCUGCUUCCUGAUACCGUUUGUCUGCCGCCUGCCUCGACCAUUGCCUGUCCCCGUUUACGUCUCUGCCUCUGCCCUUACCUGUGUAUAUACUAUUCUUAAUAAAAGCUGCAAAUGGA